AUGGCUUCCUUGCCCGAUAUCAGCAGCCUCAGUUCUCUUCACGUGGAGCAGCAGACCAAGGUUCUAGAUGCGCUCUUUGAGCCGAGUCCCGCGAUCCAUGGCCUCCUCCUCCCCUCCAUUUCCGCAACAUCUUUCCAGUCUUACGAUGAAUUCAUCACACAAGCUCAAAAGACGUUCGAGGCUCUCACGGCAGACCCUACGCAGAAAAUACAAUUGCACUCAAUCAUCGGCUCACAUCCGCGGCUCGGGGCCAAGAAGGUCGAGAGCGCACAGUCCGCCGCAGAGCAAGCACAGCUUCAGAGCGGAGACGCCACCGAAUUGGCUGCGCUCAAUGCCGAGUAUGAGGCAAAGUUCCCUGGCCUGCGUUAUGUUGUUUUCGUCAACGGUAGAGGUCGGCCGGAAAUAAUGGAAAACAUGCGUGCUCGAAUUUCACGUGGCGAUUUGGCCCUUGAGGAACUCGGCGCCGUACAGGCAAGGACAUUAAUGACCCUGGAGCCCGAAGUCAGAAGUCUAACAAAGUACUAG